GCAAGAUGUACCAAAAGGAUUGUCGACUGCAUUUAAUGCUCAUGUACGUCGACUGUCUUGACCUGUCCACCGUGGACUUCACUGGGACAGGAGGCCCGCCGCCUGCGCACAAGUUUGCUGUUUCUGCGUGGACUAUCAACGCUGUCAAGGCUGUGCUUGCCACAGACAAGGCUACUGACACCACAUAUAGAAAACUGCAGCUGAUGGCCAAGCAUGCUAUAGACUACAGCGUGUUUGGGGGGCCUCAAAACUUUGGAAAGUGGAUGGACGUGUACUCAGCUCCGUCUUGCCCUGCCGAGGCGAGGGCACCUGUUGAGAAUAGGGCAGUUUGCAUCUGGAAUGACCGGCUUGCUCGGGAAGUUGGUUGAGGGGUGGACGUCCCUCAGUGGCUCUGACAGCGAUGCGGUUGCGAGGCAGUUCACUUUGUUUGUCCCAGAACGUACACACCGGCCAACCGGUUGCCGUGGCCGGUAUGACUACAACAGUUCCCAAGAGCCUGCUGACACACAAGAUGAACUAGGUGGAGAUGCUGGUCUCAGCAAGGAUGACGACGAUGUCAUGGAGAAUGUGCAA